UAUUCACCUCAUGUUUUUCGCGUGAAAACACACUUUUCGGGUGAAAAGUGAAAAAAUUUCGCCCCCAUUUCGCCUCACGGUAUUCACCUUGGAAAAUAUUUCGGGUGAAAACUUGGGACGGUUUUUCGCUCGACCGAAAUUUAUUUGAUUUUUUCGGCUGAAGUGAGCCGAAAAAGUUUUCGUCUGAAAAACUUUUUCGGUCGAAAUUUGGAGCGCCAAUUCCAAAUUUUGUUAUCAUUUCUCUCUUGGAUAUUCAGAUUACGCAUUUUGCUAUUUCUAUUUCUUCUACUAGUUUCGCAAAAUUUUACACUUUAGUGAAGUUAGAAUAUAAAAUCAUUAAGAAUGACAGGUAAGACAGCUACGCGUAAGAAAACUGCUGAUCGACCGGAGUCUACAAGACUUACAUUGGAUGUAAAACGGGCAUUGGCAGCUCUGGUGGAAAAGUUUCCAGAAGUUUGGGAUUUGACCCACGUCAAUUACAAAAAUCGAGAUGCUCGAGAAGCUUCUUGGACGAAGAUUGCGGCAGAAAUGAAUCUAUCAGCUGAACGUUGCAAAGCCGCCUGGGGUUCCCUUCAGGACGCUCUGCGAUAUCAAAGAACAGGAAAAAAGGGCCCAUCUGGCAAAGGCAGUGAGGAGGACCCCUCUCAGACAGAAUUUAAUUUUGAUGAAAUAAAAUUACUAGAAGGGUGGAACUUGUGGGAAUCCAUGAAAUUCUAUGUGCUUUCCAAACCAAGUCGGACCACGCUGUCCAACAUGAUCUUUUCAUCAACUGCUACUGAAAAUAACGACGACAAAGCUCCUCAAGCAGAUUCAGGAUCAGACGAAGUCGAGUUGACCGAGAAUUUAAACCUGUCUACUUCUAAUAAUGAGGAUGACCCACCGUGCGGGAAAUCGACUCCGGUUGCAGGAGAAAUACGCCCUAUCUAUUCGCACGUAAUUAUUUAUACAUUAUUACUCCAUUUUAAAAUUUAAAUUUUCCUUACAAUCAUUAAUCAUUACAAUUUUCCCCAUCAACACAAUACUAUGAUAACCCUGCGAAAUCCAGAAAAUAUGUUUAAUAAGGUGAAAAAAAAUUGUAGAGUUAUGAAUUAGUAUAUGUACUUUAUAAUUAUAAAACACACUGCCCGCACUAAUUGGACAUUUGAUUGCCACGUGCUUUCCAUCAAUAGCACCAAUUGUAUUAGGAAAAUUCCAUAAUCCAUUGUAUUCAUUUGAAAUUUCUACCCAUUCUUGUUUGGUCGGCGGCUGUAUAUAUAAAAAUUAUGUUCAGCAACAGCUUUAAUCCUAGUUUGGUUUUCUUUUCACAACACUUAAUUUACAGUAGAAGCUAAAUACCUUCAUAAAUGACGCCUUCAACUCUUCAAAUAUGGCACGACUAGUUUGUUCAAUGAUUGGACCAAGACGUUGUUUACUGAUUCUAUAUGUUGAUGCCACGUGACGCUGUAGAGACCCAGAUGCCAAAAAUCUAAAUAACAAGCGAUGAAAGAUAUACAAAUUAUGAUAAGUUACCUAUUCAUUUUCAAUAAGCUUACUCAAGUGUUACUGAUAGUUUCUCUUGUGGACUUAUAGCAUCAUGUGGACGGGUUGAAACUUUAGGUUCCAGCCUGUGUUGAAUAAUAUUCAGCAAUUGAUCGAAAUCUUGUGGCGACAUGUGAUAGUUCUCUUGAAAAAUGUGUGGAGUAGAUCUCAUGUCGUCAAACUAUUAAAACAAUUUAAUUCAACUUUAAAUUGAAUUUUAAAUCACAAAUAACAAAAAUCAAAUUACUCACGUCUUUGAAAAACCGUCCUUUAGUGCUCCGAAGCUGAAGGUACGGGUUCACAUGAUAAUUUUUACGUUGCUUGCGCUUACGUCGUUGCAACUGUAGUGCCAGGGUUGUACAAGUUAUCACAGUAACUAAUUCAAUGUCCGAGUCAGACUCCAUUGUUUAAAUUAAAUGUUUAAUUUGUGGAUUCACAAUUCAAAUAUCUUAGUGGAUUUUGAGCUGAGGUCGUGUGUACAUAAAAUAUUUCUAGAGGUGAAUACCGCCACUUUUUCAGGCUGAAAUUAUUCGGAAAAAUAUUUUGUUUUUCGCCCCAAUCUCGAUUUCCCCAUCAAAAAAUUUCGGGGUAAAAAUUUCGACCGGAAUUUUUUCGCCCGAAAAAAAAUAGGUGAAUACUUAGCUUUA